AGGGUCGAGAAGCCAAUCAAUCUGCAGUGACGAACCUCAGCUGAGACUGAGAAAACCAAACACAAAUGACAGUAUGUUUUCAUGUAAGCUCUCCCCAAAUCCCAGCCCCAUUCGCUUUUGCUUAUCACCAACAUCAACCACUGUCGUCGCAACCAUCGUUUAUUCAAUGCGCACUGACGAAACAAGGCCACCGCUUCCUCUCCACUCUCUCAGUCAAAGCUGGGGAUUCCUCCGCCGCCCACAAGUUGAUCGGAAAAUUCGUGGCAGCCUCACCUAAAUCCAUAUCUCUGAACGCUCUCUCUCAUCUCCUUUCUCCGGAUACCACUCACCCCCACCUCACCUCUCACUCCCUCCUACUGUAUUCAAGGAUCAAAGAAGCAUCUUGGUUCCAGUUUAACCCAAAGCUAGUAGCAGCACUGGCUGCAUUGCUUGAUAAACAUGGCCGAUACAACGAAUCAGAAGCACUGAUUUCGGAGGCUGUUUCGAAAUUGGAUCGACACCGAGAACUUGCUAUGUUCUACUGCAACUUGGUCGAGUCACACUCUAAGCAAAGCUCCACACAUGGCUUUGACAGUUGCUACACUCAACUGUAUCAACUUCUUUGUAGCUCUUCCUCUGUUUAUGUCAAGCGCCGAGCCUUUGAGUCAAUGGUCAGUGGUUUAUGCACGAUGGAUCGACCCAGUGAAGGGGAGAGCUUAAUGGAGGAGAUGAGAGGCAAUGGUCUUAAACCUUCUGUUUUCGAGUUUAGGUCUCUCAUGUAUGCCUAUGGACGAAUAGGAUUGUUGAGUGACAUGCUCAGAAUUGUGCACCAAAUGGAGGAUGAAGGGUUGGUGAUUGACACAAUAUGUUCGAACAUGGUUCUUUCUUCGUAUGGAGCCCAUAAUGAUCUUCCCCAGAUGGUCUCAUGGCUUCAGAAAAUGAAAACUUCUACUAUUCCUUUCUCAAUCAGGACAUAUAAUACUGUCUUGAAUGCAUGCCCGACUAUUUCAGCAAUGCUACAAGACCUGAGAAAUAAUAUCCCACUCUCCAUGGAUGAGCUACAUGGGACUUUGAAAGGUGACGAGGCUCUGCUGGUUAAGGAGUUAGAGGGGUCACAGGUUUUGGAGGAGGCCAUGGUGUGGGAUUCUAUGGAGGUGAAAUUGGAUUUGCAUGGAAUGCAUCUGGGCUCAGCUUACUUCAUAAUGUUACAGUGGAUAGAGGAGAUGCGAAGCAGAUUCAGUUUAAACAAUGAUGGCAAACCUGUUGUACCAGCUGAGGUUGUAGUUGUCUGUGGAUCAGGAAAGCAUAGCAAUGUAAGAGGUGUUUCUCCAGUGAAAACCAUGAUCAAAGAGAUGAUGGUUCGGAUGAAGAGUCCCAUGAGAAUUGAUAGAAAGAAUGCCGGUUGUUUAAUUGCCAAAGGGAAAAGUGUGAAAGAUUGGUUGUGUUGAUCCAGAAAGUAGGGAAUCCUGCAACAAAUGUCUUGUCAUAAGAGCCUGAACUUGGGUGACCAAUAUCAAAGAAAAGAAUCAAGUGUUCAAACCUUUUGGUUAUUCUCUCCUAACUUAGAUAUCUGGAAGACUGUCACCUUAUUGUAAUAUUUUAUACAAUCUUUCACGGUUCCACCUACAAAAUUAAAAUGAUUAAUAAUGAGUUCUAUUAAAAACAGUUCAUCUCAUGUAAUUACCUGGUAGUGGUACACCCAAAAGAACCAGAAUAUACAUGUCUUUUUAUUGUUGAAGGAAA